CAGUGUCAAACUUGACAUCAGCCUGCGAGCGGAGCAUGGUAACUUCUCCAGCAAUCAGAGCGCUCCCCCUCACAUCAGUGGCAUGCUUCCUGGAGAUAUGCUCCUCUCACUGCCCUCUGCACCAGCAACAUGGAUUGUCACCUCUCCAUCCUGCUCUUGCUCGGCUGCUCACUUCUCCGCGCCUUCGGGGAACUGACCGCACAGCCUUCCAACCAAGUCAAUCUACUGGAUUCCAAAACAAUUCAAGGAGAGCUGGGUUGGAUCUCUUAUCCAUCACAUGGGUGGGAAGAAAUAAGUGGAGUCGAUGAACAUUACACACCCAUCCGGACUUAUCAGGUGUGCAAUGUCAUGGAUCAUAGUCAAAAUAACUGGCUGAGGACAAACUGGGUCCCCAGGAACUCAGCUCAGAAAAUAUAUGUGGAGCUCAAAUUCACACUUCGGGACUGCAAUAGCAUUCCGCUGGUCUUGGGAACUUGCAAGGAGACUUUCAACUUGUACUACAUGGAAUCUGAUGAUGAUCAUGGGGUCAAGUUCAGAGAGCAUCAGUUUACAAAGAUUGACACUAUUGCAGCUGAUGAAAGUUUCACUCAAAUGGACCUUGGGGACCGCAUCCUCAAGCUCAAUACAGAGAUUAGAGAAGUGGGUCCAGUCAACAAAAAGGGAUUUUACUUGGCUUUUCAAGAUGUCGGUGCUUGUGUUGCCUUGGUGUCCGUGAGAGUGUACUUCAAAAAGUGCCCAUUUACCGUGAAGAACCUGGCCAUGUUUCCAGACACAGUCCCCAUGGACUCCCAGUCCCUGGUAGAGGUGAGGGGUUCUUGUGUCAACAAUUCCAAGGAGGAAGAUCCUCCCAGGAUGUACUGCAGUACAGAAGGGGAAUGGCUUGUGCCCAUCGGCAAGUGCUCCUGCAAUGCUGGCUAUGAAGAAAGAGGCUUCAGCUGCCAAGCAUGUCGACCAGGCUUCUACAAGGCUGUGGAUGGAAACUUGAAGUGUGCCAAGUGCCCACCUCAUAGUUCUACUCAUCAAGAUGGUUCAAUGAACUGCAGGUGUGAGAAUAAUUACUUCCGAGCAGACAAAGACCCUCCAUCCAUGGCUUGUACCCGACCUCCAUCUGCACCAAGAAAUGUUAUCUCUAAUAUUAAUGAGACCUCGGUUAUCCUGGACUGGAGUUGGCCCCUGGACACAGGAGGCCGGAAAGAUAUUACCUUCAACAUCAUAUGCAAAAAGUGUGGGUGGAAUGUAAAGCAGUGUGAACCAUGCAGCCCAAGUGUCCGCUUCCUCCCUCGACAGUUCGGCCUUACAAACACCACUGUGACAGUGACCGACCUCCUGGCACACACUAACUACACCUUUGAGAUUGAUGCCAUAAACGGUGUGUCAGAGCUGAGCUCUCCACCUAGACAGUUUGCUGCGGUGAGCAUCACAACUAAUCAGGCUGCACCAUCUCCUGUCAUGACAAUUAGGAAAGAUCGGACAUCCAGAAAUAGCAUCUCUUUAUCCUGGCAAGAACCUGAACAUCCUAACGGGAUCAUAUUGGACUACGAGGUCAAAUAUUAUGAAAAGCAGGAACAAGAGACAAGUUAUACCAUUUUGAGGGCAAGAGGCACGAACGUUACCAUCAGUAGCCUCAAGCCUGAUACUACUUAUGUCUUUCAAAUCCGAGCCAGAACAGCAGCAGGAUAUGGGACCAACAGCCGCAAGUUCGAGUUUGAAACUAGUCCAGACUCUUUUUCCAUCUCGGGUGAAAACAGCCAAGUGGUGAUGAUUGCCAUUUCAACAGCCGUAGCAAUUAUUCUCCUCACUGUUGUCAUCUAUGUUCUGGUUGGGAGGUUUUGUGGCUACAACAAGUCAAAACAUGGCACAGAGGAGAAGAGGCUUCACUUUGGGAAUGGGCAUUUAAAACUUCCAGGUCUCAGAACUUAUGUGGAUCCACAUACUUAUGAAGACCCUACCCAAGCUGUGCAUGAGUUUGCUAAGGAGUUGGAUGCCACCUGCAUAUCCAUUGACAAAGUUGUUGGAGCAGGGGAAUUUGGAGAGGUGUGCAGUGGUCGGUUAAAACUUCCUUCAAAAAAGGAAAUUUCAGUGGCCAUCAAGACGCUAAAAGUGGGUUACACAGAAAAGCAGAGAAGAGACUUCUUAGGAGAAGCAAGCAUAAUGGGACAGUUUGACCAUCCCAAUAUCAUUCGACUGGAAGGAGUUGUCACUAAGAGCAAACCAGUUAUGAUUGUCACAGAAUACAUGGAGAAUGGCUCCUUGGACAGUUUCUUACGCAAACACGAUGCCCAGUUUACAGUCAUCCAGCUGGUGGGGAUGCUGCGAGGGAUAGCAUCCGGCAUGAAGUACCUCUCAGACAUGGGUUAUGUUCACCGGGAUCUCGCUGCUCGGAACAUCUUGAUCAACAGUAACCUGGUGUGCAAGGUUUCUGAUUUUGGCCUUUCACGUGUUCUGGAGGAUGACCCAGAGGCUGCGUACACAACAAGGGGAGGCAAGAUUCCAAUCCGAUGGACCUCACCAGAAGCUAUUGCCUACCGCAAAUUCACAUCAGCCAGUGAUGUGUGGAGUUAUGGGAUUGUUCUCUGGGAGGUGAUGUCUUAUGGAGAGAGACCAUACUGGGAAAUGUCCAAUCAGGAUGUAAUUAAAGCAGUGGAUGAGGGCUAUCGCCUGCCACCUCCCAUGGACUGCCCAGCUGCCUUGUAUCAGCUGAUGUUGGACUGCUGGCAGAAAGACAGAAACAACAGACCCAAGUUUGAGCAGAUUGUUAGCAUCCUGGACAAGCUCAUCCGGAAUCCCAGCAGCCUGAAGAUCAUCACCAGUGCCGCUGCAAGGCCAUCCAACCUGCUUCUCGACCAAAGCAAUGUUGACAUCAAUACUUUCCGCACAACAGGUGACUGGCUUAACGGUGUUCGGACAGCACACUGCAAAGAGAUCUUCACAGGCGUGGAAUACAGCUCUUGUGACACCAUAGCCAAAAUUUCCACAGAUGACAUGAAAAAGGUUGGUGUUACCGUGGUUGGGCCACAGAAGAAGAUCAUCAGUAGCAUUAAAACUCUAGAAACACAAUCGAAGAAUAGUCCAGUUCCGGUGUAAAGUGUCCGUUCUGAAAAGAAGUGAUGGCUGAGGUUCAUGGUGCAUUCCACCUCAGAACAAAACUGCUAGUUCAGGAGAUACUUGUGGAAAUUCCAAGUUCAAUGAGACACUCAGAUAUGAGUACAAAUGCCUUAAAAUGAAACUGAAGAACUCUUUAUUUUCCCCUAUCAUUUACGGUAUGGGUGGGUGGUGGUAAUUUGUUUUGUAAAUUCUUUUUAAUAUCUGAUGUGCUAAAUUAAAAUUCUUCAGCUCAAGAUGAUGAAGAAGUAGCAUAGAGCCAUUGAUGCAAACCAUCAUAGA